AUGGCCAAAUCAGAUCGUGAACUUCAAACAAGCUGCCAGGCAGAUCAGUCCCUUGCAGACGAAUGGUCAUGGCAUGGAAAUCUAUACUACUUUGGAGCACCAGGGGCUUCAUCGCAAAAGUGGUAUGGACAUGGUCAUGACAACGAAUACCCCUACCUCUAUGCAAGGUUCACGACCACGCAGGACGUGGUGUCCCUGAAAGCAGUCGAGAAUGUCACGUUACCUUUGGGAUGGACUGGGCCAGAGCGUGGUAGAGGCUACAUUGGUGCUGCAGGCACUGGCGUCUAUGUGGACAAACAUCCAGAUGGCUCCAGGACCCUCUUGUGGAGAGUGCGGCUUCUGGACUAUGACUGUGAGACAGGCGACGUGAAGGACACAUUUGUGAAGCAGAGCUAUGAAAUCAUCACAACCACAACGGUCACAACGAUGAGCCCAGUGGGAAGUUGCAAGGCAUCCUGCAGUGCAGCAGGCUUUUGCUGCGGAACCAAUAGUGGUUGUGCACUUCCGAGCUGCCAUCAAGGUUGUGAGGUUGGGCUGUAUGAAGAAAGCGUUUGGUCCUGCAUUGAGAAAUGCCAGACUAUGACCGAAUGCUUUCAGUGGAAUGUCGCCUGGGGCCAUUCGAACUUGUGCACUUCGUGCGCAGACACCUGCGAUGGGGAGCAUUGCGAGCCAGCGGGUGGAUGUGAACAUGCCUGCCAUUCCCUUGGUUUGCCGGCUCCGCCCACCACAACCACCACCACUCCACCUGGUCCGCUCCAAAUUUGCAAGAUGAAGUGUGCAGACGAUGGCUUCUGCUGUGGUUCGGACAGUGGGUGUGAGCGGCCAAGUUGCCAAAUCGGCUGUGAACUCGCCCUGGUUUCAGCGACCAAGACGCCUGCCUGGAGAGUUGCAAAGGAAUGACGGGCUGCUUCAAUGAGGUGCAUGGGCCUUCUGGAAGUAGCUGGGCCAACCAGUGCACUUCUUGCUCCAGCACUUGCAAUGGUAACCACUGCGAGCCCGAGAAAGGCUGUGAGCAGGCAUGUUCCAACGUUUUUGGCUAGUUAUGGAACAAGUCCCCGCUGCCAUACUAUGUAAGGUAGGUGGGAGAACUCGGAGGACCUCUUCAUUGGUUGUCGUCAGGCAGACAACAUAGUUAUGACUCACCAUGGGCCCACUGACUUUGAAAGGGCCAUAUCAUUGACCUUCGCUUCGAUCAUUGUCUGGCGGCGCAGACAG